AUGUAUCUAGCUAUUCUUGCACUUCCUAUGUUUGGAUCAGCUGUUGCUGGUCUACGAGGACGAUCUAUCGGUGUGACUGGUGCUCACAUUAUUACAACAGGAUGUCUAAUGGCAUCAGCAGCUCUUGCUAUCGUAGCAUUUUACGAAGUAGGUCUAUCAGGAUCACCUGUAUCUAUUGUACUAGGUACAUGGAUUGACUCUGAAUUCAUGCUGGUACAAUGGGGAUUCCUAUUUGACAGUCUGACAGUGUCUAUGCUUCUUCCAGUGCUAGUUGUAUCAUCACUAGUACACCUGUACUCUAUUUCUUACAUGGCAGAAGACCCUCACAACCAACGAUUCUUCUCAUACCUAUCUAUGUUCACAUUCUUCAUGCUUGUGCUAGUAACAGGAGAUAACUACCUUAUUCUAUUCAUUGGAUGGGAAGGAAUUGGUAUUUCAUCAUACCUACUAAUUAACUUCUGGUAUACACGAAUGCAAGCUAACAAGGCUGGUAUGAAGGCUCUAACAGUUAACCGGGUUGGUGACAUGUUCCUAUCAGUAGGAUUCUUCGCAAUCUUCUGGGUAUUCGGUAACGUUGAUUACGCUUCUGUAUUUACAGUAGCUCCAUAUAUCAACGAAACAGCUAUUACAAUUAUUGGACUACUUCUACUGAUCGGUGCUAUGGCAAAGUCAGCUAACAUUCCUCUUCAUACAUGGCUUCCGGAUAGCUUCCUAAAUAUUAUUUCACGAUUUAACGUCGUAUCUUCUCGAGCCUUUAGUACUUCAAACUUCUUUAACAAGAAACCAGGUAAGAAUCGUCUGCCUGAUACACCUCUAUAUGAGUAUCUAUUUUCAUUUCUAGUAGGACUUAUUGUAGCUGGUUGUCUAAUGAUUCGCCGUCACGGUAAUAUGCAUACUGCACGUCUAACUAUCAAGUUUACCGUUACUAAGGGUACUGACAGUUCAUGGCUAGAUUAUCUCUAUACUCUUCUUUCACCAUACUGUUACAAGGGCUGGUCUACAACUGAAGAAGUAGACAAGCGCGGGGAUACUCCGGUAUCCUCAAUUCGAGCUACACUCACUUCAGCUACUCUUGGUGUUUUCUUUCCUUUUUAUACUCUUUUUUGGCUAUCAAAUCGUGGUGUAUUCUCUCGAACACUCACAAUUGAAAACCUACAGUAUUUUAAUCUUAUUUCACUGUCUGCAUGGAUUAUGGCAUCGGGGUUUUGGCUAGAUAAGCUACCUUAUAGUGCUUUUGAUGGUCUAGCUCUUCCUCUACCACAUACCUUCGGCAGUGAGGAAAGUCAUCUACUGAAGAAGCGACUACUAGAGCUAGGGGUAAAUACACUAUACCAAAGUGCUCAAGAUCGGACACGAGGACGGCGAAUUCUUCUAGUGCCUCGGCAUCGUGUACCAGAGCUAGAUGCUAGACAUCUACUUAUUCCUACUAAGGCUCAUCUUACAAAGGUACCUAGUUAA